AUGAAGACAAAUGAGAGCAGAUGGCAGCAAAGAACUCAGAUUUUGCCAGAAGAUCGCAGCGCCGAAUUCAAGCAGUAUCCCUACAUCACAAUGGACGAGCUCAAGCUUCGCAAGGAGAGGCCGCGCCGAGUGAAGAUGCUCAUGCGAGACUUUAUCGAUGACAGUUUAUACAACCCUCACUACGGCUACUUCUCCAAGGAGGCCGUCAUCUUCAGUCCCGGCGAACCCUUUGAAUUCAACAGCAUGCGAGACGAGAUCGAGUUCCAGUCAGAGCUAGGCAGGCGAUACAUUGAAUUUGAAGACUUGCUCGACGAUGCUGAAGGCGUUAAUCCCACGCGCCAGCUCUGGCACACGCCGACGGAGCUCUUCCGUCCAUACUACGGCGAGGCGAUUGCGCGGUACCUCGUGUCCAACUACCGCCUGACGACCUACCCGUACCACGACCUCAUCAUCUACGAAAUGGGUGCCGGCCGCGGUACCCUCAUGCUCAACAUCCUCGACUACAUCCGGUCGGUUGACCCGCAAGUCUACGCGCGAACCAAGUACAACAUCAUUGAGAUUUCCCCUGCGCUGGCAGACCUCCAAACCAGACACCUCACCUCCACCGCCGAGUCUCGGGGCCACUUCAACAAGGUCAACAUUAUCAACAAGUCCGUCUUUGCUUGGGACCAGUACGAGCCGUCGCCCUGCUUCUUCCUGGCCAUGGAGGUCUUUGACAACUUCUCCCACGACGGAAUCCGCUACGACAUGACGACAGAGGCACCGCUGCAAGGCCACGUCUUGAUCGACGCUGACGGCGACUUCUACGAGUUCUAUACACACGAGCUUGACCCGGUUGCUGCCCGCUUCUUCCGUGUUCGCCAUGCUGCCACGGGCGGCCAAUAUCCCAAGCCGUAUGCCGCCAACUCGUUUGUGCGCUAUCUGUCCACCAAGAUGCCGUUUGCGCCAAACCUUUCCGACGCAGAGUACAUCCCUACGCGCCUAAUGCAGUUCUUUGAUGUCUUGGAAAAGUACUUCCCUGCGCAUAGGCUGCUGACUUCGGAUUUUCACAGCUUGCCUGAAGCUGUCAAGGGCCUCAAUGCGCCUGUCGUCCAGACGCGGUACAAGCGCCGCAUGGUGCCCGUCUCUACACCUCUGGUCCAUCAGGGAUACUUUGAUAUUCUCUUCCCCACCGACUUUGGCAUAACGGAGGCCAUGUACCGUGCCAUCACCGGCAAGUUGACCCGUGUCAUGACCCAUGGAGAUUUCAUGCGACGCUGGGCAUAUGUCGAAGACACAGAGACGCGAAGCGGCGAAAACCCUCUCCUCUCCCAUUACAAAAACGCCAGUGUUCUGGUUACUGUAUAA